GUGCAGUGUUCCUAGGGAUACUGUAGGGGCGUGUCGCGUGGAUCAUGAUCAUCUUUACACGUCUGUGUACAGAGGGAACAAACGUACGUUUGUGAAAAUAAUAUGUACAAUACGAUUUGAUGCUAAAGCUAAUUGCCAGUGACAAAUCCAACUGUGAAGAACAGAUCAUCUCCGAUUGCUUGACUGUCUGAAGCCGCACCAACCAAUGGCCCCGAUUGACAGCGCGAAAUCAACAUAGAACAGUCGUGGCCCGCCAAACUGCGAACUCACUAUGCGACGAGAUGGACGAAGAAUGAUUUCUAUGUCUGAUGAAUUUUGGAUUAUCACGGUGUUUAGGUGAACAAAGCUACUGUCCGGAGUUGACAUAUCGUUAAUUAUGGCAAUUCUGUGUGGAAUCAUAUUUCUGUUUUGGUUAGUGGAAGAGGUGAGUAUCUGAUAUUUAUAGUCAUAAAUUCAAUCGAUGUCAAAGCGAAGAAUUUUUGCCCUCAUUUUGCUUCUAUUAAAAUGUUUAAUAUGUGCUUGGGGAACUGUCUCGUUGGUCUCUCAAAUAUUAAUUUAAGCCAUGGGGUUUAUUGAGUGUCAACAUGACAAUGUGCCCUGCUGUUGCAGAAGUUGUAGUCUAUUGAAAACUAAGGCCUGUGAAAGUUAGGCAGUUAUGUAAGGUUACAUAAGUCAGUGGUAUAUUGAAGGCUAUUCUGUAGUAAUGUAUUAAGAUCUAUUUUAUGUUCUUGAAAUGAAACAUUAUUUUGAAAAAUUCAACAUUCAUAACAAUCUUACUGGGCUCAUAUUUAUAUCAGCCUGGAUCAUAUCAUACCACAAUAUUAAUUAGUUUGGCCUUGUCUUACCAAUGACCAUUUGGUUCCAUCCAAUAAUAUACAAUAAAUAACUCACACCAUUUUACAAUUUUAUCAAUCCUACUGUGCAUGCCAUGCAAACAGACACAUGAACUUCACACACCUACAGUACACACACACACACACACACACGCCAGUGGCGGUCGGUGCCGUUUAAGAUGAGGGAGGUUGAUUUUUGUUUUAUGAACAUGGCCUAUUACAGCAUAUUGGAUGACUGUCAUUCAUAUUCCAUUCACCCAGCUAAAUGUAACAUCGUUAGGUUUAGGCUACUACAUGAUAAUCACAUUUUCCCUGUACCCAUCAUGAGGUUGCUACAACCUAGCCUAUGAAUUAAAGUUUACAACAUAGGUUAUUCAGGUCGAUAGAAUUUUGAGUAAUCAAGGUGACAGACAGUGCCACAUUCAAUACCGCCUUGCACACUUUUGCCUGCAUUUCAAAUCAAAUCAAAUUGUAUUUUAUUUGCGCCGAAUACAACAUACAAAAAUGCUUACUUACAGCCCUUAACCAACAAUGCAUUUAUUUCUUAAUAAAAAAGUAAAAUAAAAUAACAGUAGGGAGGCUAUAUACAGGGGGGUACCGGUGCAGAGUCAAGUAGUUGAGGCUAGUUGAGGUAGUUGAGGUAAUAUGAACAUGUGGGUAGAGUUAAAGUGACUAUGCAUGAAUAAUUAACAGAGUAGCAGCAGCGUAAAAAGAUGGGGUGGGGGUGCAAAUAGUCCGGGUAGCCAUGAUUAGCUGUUCAGGAGUCUUAUGGCUUGGCGGUAGAAGCUGUUGAAAAGCCUUUUGGACUUAGACUUGGCGCUCCGGUACCGCUUGCCGUGCGGUAGCAGAGAGAACAGUCUAUGACUAGGGUGGCUGGAGUCUUUGACAAUUUUGAGGGCCUUCCUCUGACACCACCUGGUAUAGAGGUCCUGGAUGGCAGGAAGCUUGGCCCCAGUGAUGUACUGGGCCGUACGCACUACCCUCUGUAGUGCCUUGCGGUCGGAGGCCGAGCAGUUGCCAUACCAGGCGGUGAUGCAACCAGUCAGGAUGCUCUCGAUGGUGCAGCUGUAUAACUUUUUGAGGAUCUGAGGACCCAUGCCAAAUCUUUUCAGUCUCCUGAGGGGGAAUAUGCUUUGUCGUGCCCUCUUCACGACUGUCUUGGUGUGUUUGGACCAUGAUCGUUCGUUGGUGAUGUGGACACCAAGGAACUUGAAGCUCUCAACCUGUUCCACUACAGCCCCGUCGAUGAGAAUGGGGGCGUGCUCAGUCCUCUUUUUUUUCCUGUAGUCCACAAUCAUCUCCUUUGUCUUGGUCACGUUGAGGGAGAGGUUGUUAUCCUGGCACCACACGGCCAGGUCUCUGACCUCCUCCCUACAGGCUGUCUAAUCUUUGUCGGUGAUCAGGCCUACCACUGUUGUGUCGUCGGCAAACUUAAUGAUGGUGUUGGAGUCGUGCCUGGCCAUGCAGUCAUGGGUGAACAGGGAGUACAGGAGGGGACUGAGCACGCACCCCUGAGGGGCCCCCGUGUUGAGGAUCAGCGUGGCAGAUGUGUUGUUACCUAACCUUACCACCUGGGGGCGGCCCGUCAGGAAGUCCAGGAUCCAGUUGCAGAGGGAGGUGUUUAGUCCAAGGAUCCUUAGCUUAGUGAUGAGCUUUGAGGACACUAUGGUGUUGAAUGCUGAGCUGUAGUCAAUGAAUAGCAUUCUCACGUAGGUGUUCCUCUUGUCCAGGUGGGAAAGGGCAGUGUGGAGUGCAAUAGAGAUUGCAUCAUCUGUGGAUCUGUUGGGGCGGUAUGCAAAUUGGAAUGGGUCUAGGGUUUCUGGGAUAAUGGUGUUGAUGUGAGCCAUGACCAGCCUUUCAAAGCACUUCAUGGCUACAGACGUCAGUGCUAUGGGUCGGUAGUCAAUUAGGCAGGUUAUCUUAGUGUCCUUGGGCACGGGGACUAUGGUGGUCUGCUUGAAACAUGUUGGUAUUACAGACUCAGUCAGGGACAUGUUGAAAAUGUCGGUGAAGACACUUGCCAGUUGGUCAGCACAUGCUCGGAGUACACAUCCUGGUAAUCCGUCUGGCCCUGCGGCCUUGUGAAUGUUGACCUGCUUAAAAGUCUUACUCACAUCGGCUACGGAGAGCGUGAUCACAUAGUCAUCCGGAACAGCUGGUGCUCUCAUGCAUGCUUCAGUGUUGCUAGCCUCGACGCGAGCAUAGAAGUGGUUUAGCUCGUCUGGUAGGCUUGUGUCACUGGGCAGCUCGCGGCUGUGCUUCCCUUUGUAGUCUGUAAUAGUUUUCAAGCCCUGCCACAUCCGACGAGCGUCAGAGCCGGUGUAGUACGAUUCAGUCUUAGACCUGUAUUGACUCUUUGCCUGUUUGAUGGUUCGUCGGAGGGCAUAGCGGGAUUUCUUAUAAGUGUCCGGGUUAGAGUCCCGGACAUCUAGCUGAUCUAGGGUGUAAUCAUUAGUCCAACAUCUGCAAACGAGAGUUUCGAGUGGACAAAUUCAGGUAUGCUUAUCCCUGUUUCGUUCCGUUUGCUUCAAUUUAUGAAAAGUUUUUCAACAGAAUUGGUGCAAUGAAUGCACCCCUGAUCACACGCAAACACAGUUCACUUUCAUAGCAGCCACAUACAAACAGCUUGUUGUAUAUAUAAUUAUUUCUUACAUCUAUUAAGAUGAAAAAACCUUUCCAAGCCAAACCUUCAUAUCAUGACCGCUAACCGCUACACACAGCCUACAUCGUUGUCACGUCAUAGUCAACAUAGCUACUAGAACUAAUGCUUUAGUAAACCGCUACAUCAUGCAGUACGGUUUACAGUCAGCAGCAAGCAGUUUAGCAGUUACACCGGCGGGCCCCGGUGGCAAUACAUUAAUAAAACCAAAGCUUACCUUGACUUGGAAGAGUUCCAGUGUUGGAUAUCCAUAGCCAGCUAGCUAACAUAGCAUCCCUCUCUGUUUGAGUAGGCUAAACUAGCUAGCUGCAUUCGACGCUAGCUAAGUAAGUGAAAGUGAAAUAUUUUUUGUAUGAAAUAUAGUUCUCUCUCUCUUGCUUCUCCUUAAUUUUGAAAGAAAUUAAUUUGUUCAAAACUGUUCAACUAUUGUCUUUCUCUCUCUUUGAGUCAACUACUCACCACAUUUUAUACACUGCAGUGCUAGCUAGCUGUAGCUUAUGCAUUCAGUACUAGAUUCAUUCUCUGAUCCUUUGAUUGGGUGGACAACAUGUCAGUUCAUGCUGGAAGAGCUCUGAUAAUUUGGAGGACGCCCUCCGGAAGAUGUCAUAAUUACUGUGUUGAGAACCAUGAGCCUCCUAGGUUUUGUAUUGAAGUCGAUGUACCAAGAGGAGGACGGAAGCUAGCUGUCCUCUGGCUACACCAUGGUGCUACCCUACAGAGUGCUGCUGAGGCUAGUGUAGACCUUUAUUGCAAAACAGUGUGUUUUAAUCAAUUAUUUGGUGACGUGAAUAUAUUUAGUACAGUUUUAUCUAAAAAGGAUCACCUUUUUUAAUGUUUCACUAUUUUUCUUUUCCUCCUCUGAGUAGCCUCCACUGACACACACACACACACACACACACACACACACACACACACACACACACACACACACACACACACGAGGCAGCUCUUCCUCUGCUAACCAUUGUUAAUUGUCACAGAGCUGAAGCACUGACAAACAGCUCUUUGUGGUCCUUUCCGUGACCACAAAGGCAGGCUCCAGUCCUGCUCAGGGGCUGCCUUUGUGUCCCCCUGCCAUGACUGUAUUUGGAAGGGACACCCUGCUAGCUGCAAUUGACCGUGGACACAAACAUCCACCUGGCAGGCUGGUGUGGAAAAAAGGCUGGAGUGUUUCCCACAAUUACUCCCAUCAAACAAGGGCAAUGCUAGCUGGCUCGCCUCACAGCUCACACAUACCUUACAUGGUGAUGGAAGGACAUCAAACAAAGUGGAUGUCUCAUCAUCAUACAAGCCAGAGCCUCAGAAAAGAACACAGGGGAAUAGUGUGUGAUUAUGUCUAGUGAGGGCAGUAAUAGUGAGAGUACACAGCCCGUUUUUCUCCAGUACCUCAUUUAGAGGCUUGUUAUACACAAAGCUCUGGGCCUGGUCUGACAGAGGCUGCAUUGUGUGUGUGCAGAGUGGGUUCUGGUCUCGUCUGGACUUUGCAGUCAGCGGUUCACAAUCAUCUUGAGUUGGCGUCUGAACAUAGAGCAUUGCAUGAAAUGGAAGUUUGGUUCAUGAAAUAUGAACUUUGCUUACAGUAAGUGAUAUUUAUAAUACCAAUGUUAAUGACAAGACAACUAAGUCCUGUUUGGUGGUCACAUUUGGCACAUCACAGAGAAAUACAACUACAAGGAAUUCACAUGAUUGACAUGUUUACAUGCCAAACACAAUGGUCAUUCAACAUGUUCUCUAAUUUCUCUUCUGCCUUUCAAGAUGAUUUUAUCAUGAUGCUUCAUUUUCCCUCUGAGAUUGCUCUUUGAUUUCAUACCAGCAACUAUAAAUCAAUGACCAGUUUUCCUCUUCUCAUUGACAGUGCACAGCUUCCAAGAAGUACUGCUGGUAUUUUGAAGGAGGCUACCCCAUCUAUUUCAUGUAAGUAUACUGUACAUACACAUAGGUGUAACAGAAUUAAUCUGGACACAGACAAAAUUACAUUGCAGCAUACUGUAUAUUAAUUGUUAAUAGUAAGACAUUCAUAUUUUACAAGACAUAUUUAUUAGUUUUCAACAUUCUGCCAUUCAGAUUAAACUGUUUGUGAACUUUAAGAGCGCAGUCUAUUGAUUCCCUCUGGCUUGUUUAAAGGCCGGGUGGUGUUUGAUUAAAGAAAAUGGUCCCUGGAUGUGGAUGAAUACAGAGAAAUCACCCAGGUUGGUAACGUUAUAAUGAGUCAAUACCAGCCUUUGACUCAGUCCACUAUCAUAGCAGACUCAUUUAGGCAGUCAUUCAAAUAGCCUGCCGUCGAAGCGGCGAGGGGAAAGAAUGAAUAAGCUGUAGCUUUUCCAAAUCCAAUCAUGAAAUCCAACUGUCUCGAAAACCUGACCCUAGGCAACACAGUGAUUAGGGUCUGGUUUCUAUGAUGGACUCUUUUGGCAUAGAAGAACUACGUCACUGCCUACAUUGAUAAGGGGGGGAAAAUCUGGGGACUCUCCCAACAAAUCACAAGGCAGACAUGCCAGAAUGUCGGGAUUCAAAACCAAAGUUUGCAGGCAAAACCGUUGCAGGGGUUUUAGUUAAAGUAGUUGAUGCAAACUAGCCACUUGCGAAAUGCACUCAUUAAAAAUAACCUUUGUGAUUUCCAUCUUGCUAGCUACUAUUUAGUAUUUUAUUUAAGCGGAUAAAGUAGUGACGUAGUUCCUCUAUGACUAAAGACUCCAUCAUUGAAACCAGACCCUAGUCACUGUGUUGCCUAGGGUCGGGUUUUUGAGACUACACAGCAUCCACUGGGUUAAGAAAUCACAUUGGAGAAGCUCUUUGAUUUUUAUCUAAAUCAUUUAACUAAUGGGCUAAUCAUUAGUCUUCAGACCAAGUCUUUGCAAUUAUAAAGACAUGUUAGCCACUAGGCUGGCUGCAGAAUUCUACCACUUGCUUUUAGAAAGGCCUCAUUUUCAAUGUAUGAGGAGCUUUUAGAAAUGCACUACAGUGGUGGUGCAUCAGUAGGAGUUAUUAAAAAUGUAAAGCCUGAGGUUAGAGUUGGAGUUAUGGUGGGAGAGAGAGGAGAGCAUUACUGGGAGUUAGCAUGCGGCAGUGACUGGGGGAUAUGUAUUGGAUUGCCUCUGUAAAAUAGUGCACACACAGAUCUAAUGAAAUACAGUAUAUUGCAGGCCGACUGUGGAAUUGAAAUAGUGCACUAUUAAGAGAAUGCUGGCUCAGCUCUAUGCCCUCUCCUAGGGCUGUGCUGCUAAUGACUUGUGUAAUGUAUGGCCUUAAUGCUGAAAGCUGGAAAUGCAGCUCUCACCCUUAUAGUACUGCUGGUUUUAAAAUACAGUACAAAAUACUGACAGUAGGAGAGGGAGUAUUUUAAAUGUUGAGGAGGAUUUGUCAUGAAAGUGGAUUGCCGUCUAUUUAGCCAGAGGAUUUGAUGUCCAGUGCAGCUCAGUGGAUGAUGAACAUUUCUCUGAAAUCUGUAACGAUGCCAUAAAUCAUCUCUCCUCUAUGUUUAAAACUGAAGCUUCUAUCCGCCCUUGAAAAACAUCAGACACCGCUGCUCUCUGCGCAGGGCAGAUCUGAAGCCUGCAACUGCCAAGUCACAUCUCUGCCUCACACUAAGCACUGCCCCAUCAACAGAGAAAAAACUAUAAAAGUAAUUUGUUAAAGUUAAUGAAUUUCUACUUACUUUAAUGACUAAGUAUGAUUCAUUCUUAACUAAAAGUUCCUAUAUUUGACAUUAUAAAAUGUUUUGUGUGUGAGCGUGCGCACAGUAGUCAAGUCACAAUGAGAGCAUGUAGGAGAAAAAAAGGAAGGAAAGCGCUGCUAGGGUAAGCAAUAGUAGAUCUUUGUAGAUACAGUGAGGGAAAAAAGUAUUUGAUCCCCUGCUGAUUUUGUACGUUUGCCCACUGACAAAGACAUGAUCAGUCUAUAAUUUUAAUGGUAGGUUUAUUUGAACAGUGAGAGACAGAAUAACAACACAAAAAUCCAGAAAAACGCAUGUCAAAAAUGUUAUCAAUUGAUUUGCAUUUUUAUGAGGGAAAUAAGUAUUUGACCCCUCUGCAAAACAUGACUUAGUACUGGUGGCAAAACCCUUGCUGGCAAUCACAGAGGUCAGACGUUUCUUGUAGUUGGCCACCAGGUUUGCACACAUCUCAGGAGGGAUUUUGUCCCACUCCUCUUUGCAGAUCUUCUCCAAGUCAUUAAGGUUUCGAGGCUGACGUUUGGCAACUCGAACAUUCAGCUCCCUCCACAGAUUUUCUAUGGGAUUAAGGUCUGGAGACUGGCUAGGCCACUCCAGGACCUUAAUGUGCUUCUUCUUGAGCCACUCCUUUGUUGCCUUGGACGUGUGUUUUGGGUCAUUGUCAUGCUGGAAUACCCAUCCACGACCCAUUUUCAAUGCCCUGGCUGAGGGAAGGAGGUUCUCACCCAAGAUUUGACGGUACAUGGCCCCGUCCAUCGUCCCUUUGAUGCGGUGAAGUUGUCCUGUCCCCUUAGCAGAAAAACACCCCCAAAGCAUAACGUUUCCAUGGUGUUCUUGGGGUCAUAGGCAGCAUUCCUCCUUCUCCAAACACGGCGAGUUGAGUUGAUGCCAAAGAGCUCGAUUUUGGUCUCAUCUGACCUCAACACUUUCACCCAGUUCUCCUCUGAAUCAUUCAGAUGUUCAUUGGCAAACUUCAGACGGCCCUGUAUAUGUGCUUUCUUGAGCAGGGGGACCUUGCGGGCGCUGCAGGAUUUCAGUCCUUCACGGCGUAGUGUGUUACCAAUUGUUUUCUUGGUGACUAUGGUCCCAACUGCCUUGAGAUCAUUGACAAGAUCCUCCCAUGUAGUUCUGGGCUGAUUCCUCACCGUUCUCAUGAUCAUUGCAACUCCACGAGGUGAGAUCUUGCAUGGAGCCCCAGACCGAGGGAGAUUGACAGUUAUUUUGUGUUUCUUCCAUUUGCGAAUAAUCUCAUCGCACCAACUGUUGGCACCUUCUCACUAAGCUGCUUGGCGAUGGUCUUGUAGCCCAUUCCAGCCUUGUGUAGGUCUACAAUAUUGUCCCUGAAAUCCUUGGAGAGCUCUUUGGUCUUGGCCAUGGUGGAGAGUUUGGAAUCUGAUUGAUUGAUUGCUUCUGUGGACAGGUGUCUUUUAUACAGGUAAUAGACAGAGAUUAGGAGCACUCCCUUUAAGAGUGUGCUCCUAAUCUCAGCUCGUUACCUGUAGAAAAGACACCUGGGAGCCAGAAAUCUUUCUGAUUGAGAGGGGGUCAAAUACUUAUUUCCCUCAUUAAAAUGCAAAUCAACUAAUACAAUUUUCGACAUGCGUUUUUCUGUAUGUUUUUGUUGUUAUUCUGUCUCUCACUGUUCAAAUAAACCUACCAUUAAAAUUAUAGACUGAUCAUUUCUUUGUCAGUGGGCAAACGUACAAAAUCAGCAGGGGAUCAAAUACUUUUUUCCUUCACUGUAGAAGGUGCUCUUUGGUAAAAGGGGUAAAUUGGUCAUCAAAAAGAAAGGAGGACCAAGGCACUCAUCAUAUCAUUGAUUAAAAUGCCUUUAUUUGUAUGGUAUGUUCAAUGGAACCAACUCUUGAUUCCGUUGAACAUACCAUACAAGUAAAGGCAUCACAAUGAGAGCAAUUCAUCAUCAGCUCUCCUGUAUACAGAUGCUGACAAUUGAUCUGCAGGGGGUUUAGAUAGCUAUCCAACUUCAGCUCAGGGACUCAAGACAAACUGAAAAGAAAAUGGAACUAAACCUAGUGCUCCCUCAAUAGUUGACUUAAUAUUCAUCUUAGACCGCAGAGCGUUUGUCAUCUGCUUGACAUGUCUAUUCUACUGGGCCUCUUGGUAUUUGUCUCAGACUUUUACCUCAGUACUGUGCAUAUGAGAACUGCCAUUUGUCUGAAUGUGUUUUGAUAGGGUUGUUGGAGGACUAUACUGUUUGUACAAAAGCCUUCUCUCUCAAUAUUCUAGAUGCUGGUGAUUGUAAUAAAAGCUUCCUCUGUGUGUGUGUGUGUGUGUGUGUGUGUUGUAGAUGCCGGUCGUAUGAGGACUGUUGUGGGACACGGUGCUGUGUCCGAGCCCUCUCCAUCCAGAGACUAUGGUAUUUCUGGUGAGUUCCCCCAAGACUAGCCUGCCAGUCUAGCUUCUCACACUACUCUAUUUCAUCUACUCCCUCCUUCCUCCUACUCUCCAUCCUCUAUCUCUCGCUUUCUCUUUCUCUUGCUUUCUCUUUCUUUCUCUCGCUUUCUCUCUCUUAUUCUCUCGCUCGCACUCUCUCUCCUCUCCUUCUCUCGCUGUCUCUACCCAACUUACCCCCUGUAUAUACUUGUGUGCAUUUAUGCAUAAGACACUGGUUUCUUCACAGAGUUUAUGGUCCUUUGGGAGCUCCUUUGUUUCUACUUAAGACCAUGCCCCUCGUGACGGUUUCUUGCUGCAGCUUAGAAUAGCUACACUGGCUCACAGUGAAAUGCUUCCCACUGGGCACAGAUGUCAAUUCAACAUGUAUGCCACGUUGGUUCAAAGUAAUUUAAUUGAAAUGACGUGGAAACUACAUUUAUUCGACCAGUGUGUGCCCAGUGGGUUGAUUGUUAUGACAUGAUCUUAAUAUGCAAUUCAGUCAUUGUAGAAACUGCUCUGUGCAUGCGUGCAUGUUAGUGAUGCGCGGGUUGACUCAUAACCCGCAGUCCCCGCAGUUAUUUCCACAGGUUGGGCGGGUUUAGGGUCAUUAAAUAUUGUGUGGAUGAAGGGCGGGUUGAAUAAAGAGAAAACAAUAGCCUACUUUUAAAAUAUUCAUUGUACAAUUUAGGCUACAUUGAGGUUUUUCUUUCAUUAUUUUAGGCUAUCUGGCAUUAGUGCGUAAACCUAAGCUUUACAUUUACAUUUUAGUCAUUUAGCAGACGCUCUUAUCCAGAGCGACUUACAGUUAGUGAGUGCAUACAUUUUUUUCAUACUUUAGGAUCUAACUGUACGCUCGCCUACACGCCAAUGCGUGGUCCUCUGUAGCUCAAUUGGUAGAGCAUGGCGCUUGUAAUGCCAGGGUAGUGGGUUCGAUCCCCGGGACCACCCAUACGUAAAAAUGUAUGCACACAUGACUGUAAGUCGCUUUGGAUAAAAGCGUCUGCUAAAUGGCAUAUUAUUAUUAUUAUUAAUGCCAAAUGCUAUUUGGGAACGGGCAGAAAAAGUUAGCAUCGAUCCACUGAGGCAAAAAGGACAAUGUUGGCGUUUAAUUCAAUAACAGAAAAUCUGCGAAAUGGAGAAUUGAAAAUAAAGAGAAGGGAGGGCCAGAAAAGUAAUGUUUUGGAAAGAUUUGGUGAAGUGGUAAAAGAGGAUGAUAGCAGUGCUAGCUAUGUUAUGUGUGAUGAUUAUGAGGUCCUAUACAAAUUCGACAGUCAAAAGAAGGGGACUUCAAAUAGGCCUAUGACACGUCAAGGGAACUGUAUGUAGCCUACUCUUCAGAUCGAAAACUGAAAAUCUGGACAGUGACUGUAGGUCUAUAACCUCUCACAUAGCCUUAAUAUUUUUGUAUUUGUAUUUAUUUAACCUUUAUUUAACUAGGCAAGUCAGUUCAGAACAAAUUCUUAUUUACAAUAGCCUUAAUAUGAACUCCAAAUGUAGGCUACAUUUUCACUGGAACAGGAGUGGAGAUUACUUUUUAACACACAUCUACCAAACUCACUACUUCAAUCAAUCAAUCAAUUUUAUUUUAUAUAGCCCUUCGUACAUCAGCUGAUAUCUCGAAGUGCUGUACAGAAACCCAGCCUAAAACCCCAAACAGCUAGUAAUGCAGGUGUAGAAGCACGGUGGCUAGGAAAAACUCCCUAGAAAGGCCAAAACCUAGGAAGAAACCUAGAGAGGAACCAGGCUAUGAGGGGUGGCCAGUCCUCUUCUGGCUGUGCCGGGUGGAGAUUAUAACAGAACCAUGCUAAGAUGUUCAAAAAUGUUCAUAAGUGACAAGCAUGGUCAAAUAAUAAUCAGGAAUAAAUCUCAGUUGGCUUUUCAUAGCCGAUCAUUAAGAGUUGAAAACAGCAGGUCUGGGACAGGUAGGGGUUCCAUAACCGCAGGCAGAACAGUUGAAACUGGAAUAGCAGCAAGGCCAGGCGGACUGGGGACAGCAAGGAGUCACCACGGCCGGUAGUCCCGACGUAUGGUCCUAGGGCUCAGGUCUCUCAGUUGGCUUUUCAUAGCCGAUCAUUAAGAGUUGAAAACAGCAGGUCUGGGACAGGUAGGGGUUUCGUAACUGCAGGCAGAACAGUUGAAACUGGAAUAGCAGCAAGGCCAGGCGGACUGGGGACAGCAAGGUGUCAGCAUGCCCGGUAGUCCUGACGUAUGGUCCUAGGGCUCAGGUUCUCAGAGAGAAAGAGAGAACGAGAGAAUUAGAGAGAGCAUACUUAAAUUCACACAGGACACUGGAUAAGACAGGAGAAGUACUCCAGGUAUAACCAACUAACCCCAGCCCCCCGACACAUAAACUACUGCAGCAUAAAUACUGGAGGCUGAGACAGGAGCGGUCCGGAGACACUGUGGCCCCAUCCGAAGAAACCCCCGGACAGGGCCAAACAGGAAGGAUAUAACCCCACCCACUCUGCCAAAGCACAGCCCCCGCACCACUAGAGGGAUAUCCUCAACCACCAACUUACAAUCCUGAGACAAGGCCGAGUAUAGCCCACAGAGGUCUCCACCACAGCACAAACCAAGGGGGGGCGCCAACCCAGACAGGAAGAUCACGUCAGUAACUCAACUACUUGAUUGAGGGACCUUACAGAUAAUCGUAUGUGUGUGGUACAGAGAUGGGGUAGUCAUUCAAAAAUCACGUUAACCACUAUUAUUGAACACAGAAUGAGUCCAUGCAUAAUUGUUAAGCACAUUUUUACUCCUGAACCUAUUUAGGCUUGCCAUAACAAAGGGGUUGAACACUUAUUGACUCAAGACAUUUCAGCUUUUAAUUUAAUAUUAAUUUCCAAUAUUUUCUACAAACAAAAUUCCACUUUGACAUCAUGGGGUGUUGUGUGUAGAUACACAAAAUCUGAAUUUAAUCCAUUUUAAAUUCAGGCUGUAACACAACAAAAUGGGGAAAAAGUAAAGGGGUGUGAAUACUUCCUGAAGGCACUGUAUGUACAUAUAAAGUGCCUUCAGGAAGUAUUCAGACCCCUUGACUUUUUCCACAUUUUGUUACGUUACAGUCUUAUUAUAAAAUGGAUUAAAAAAUAAAUAUAUCCACAGCAAUCUACACACAAUACCGCAUAAUGACAAAGCGAAAACAGUUUUUUUGAAAUUUUUGCAAAUGUAUUAAAACAAACAAACAGAUACCUUAUUUACAUAAGUAUUCAAACCCUUUGCUAUGAGUCUCGAAAUUGAGCUCAGGUGCAUCCUGUUUCCAUUGAUCAUCCUUGAGAUGUUUCUACAACUUGAUUGGAUAAAUUCAAUUGAUUAGACAUGAUUUGGAAAGGCACACACCUGUCUAUAUAGUUGACAGUGCAUGUCAGAGCAAAAACCAAGCCAUGAGGUCGAAGAAAUUGUCCGUAGUGCUCCGAGACAGGAUUGUGUCGAUGCACGGAUCUGGGGAAGGGUACCAAAACAUUUCUGCAGCAUUGAAGGUCCCCAAGAACACAGUGGCAUCCAUCAUUCUUAAAAGGAAUACGUUUGGGACCACCGAGACUCUUCCUAGAGCUGGCCACCCGGCCAAACUGAGCAAUCAGGGGAGAAGGGCCUUGGUCAGGGAGGUGACCAAUAACCCGAUGGUCACUCUGACAGAGCUCUAGAGUUCCUCUGUGGAGAUGGGAGACCCUUCCAGAAGGACAACCAUCUCUGCAGCACUCCACAAAUCAAGCCUUUAUGGUAAAGUGGCCAGACGGAAGCCACUCCUCAGUAAAAGGCACAUGACAGCCCGCUUGGAGUUUGCCAAAAGGCACCUAAAGACUCUCAGACCAUGAGAAGCGAGAUUCUCUGGUCUGAUGAAACCAAGAUUGAACUCUUUGGCGUGAAUGCCAAACGUCACGUCUGGAGGAAACCUGGCACCAACCCUACGGUGAAGCAUGGUGGUGGCAACAUCACGCUGUGUGGAUGUUUUUCAGCGGCAGGGACUGGGAGACUAGUCAGGAUCGAGGCAAAUAUGAACGGCGCAAAGUACAGAGAGAUCCUUGAUGAAAACCUGCUCCAGAGCGCUCAGGACCUUAGACUGAGGCGAAGGUUCACCUUCCCACAGGACAACGACCCUAAGCAUGAGGCUGUAAUCGCUGCCAAAGGUGCUUCAACAAAGUACUGAGUAAAGGGUCUGAAUACUUAUGUAAAUGUAAUAUUUCCGUUUUUAUUUUUAUGGGGUAUUGUGUGUAGAUUGAUGAGGGGGAAAAAAACGAUUGAAUCCAUUUUAGAAUAAGGCUGUAACAUAACAAAAUGUGGAAAAAGUUAAGGGGUCUGAAUACUUUCCGAAUGCACUGUAGGUAGGGGUAAAGUGACUAGAUAAUAAGCAGUAGCAGCAGCGUACAGUAUGUGAUGAGUUAAAAAGUUGGUGCAAAGGAGGUCAAUGCAGAUAGUCUGGGUAGCUAUUUGGUUAACUAUUUAGCAGUCUUAUGGCUUGGGGGUAGAAGCUGUUCAGGGUCCUGUUGGUUCCAGACUUGGUGCAUCGGUACAGCUUGCCGUGUGGUAGCAGAGAGAAUAGUCUAUGACUUGGGUGGCUGGAGUCUUUGACAAUUUUGAGGGCCUUUCUCUUCUGACACUGCCUGGUAUAGAGGUCCUGGAUGGCAGGGAGCUCAGCUCCAGUGAUGUACUGGGCCGUACGCGCUACCCUCUGUAGCGCCUUGCGGUCGGAUGCCAAGCAGUUGCUAUACCAAGCGGUGAUACAGCCAGUCAAGAUGCCCUUAAUGGUGCAGCUGUAGAACUUUUUGAGGAUCUGAGGGCCCAUGCCAAUUCUGUUCAGCCUCCUGAGGGGGAAGAGGCGUUGUCCUGCCUUCUUCACGACUGUGUUGGUGUGUGUGGACCAUGUUAAUUCCUUAGUGAUGUGGACAUAGAGGAACUUGAUGCUCUUGAACCUCUCCACUACAGCCCCGUCGAUGUAGAUGGGGGCGUGCUCUGCCCUCCGUUUCCUGUAGUCAACAAUCAGCUCCUUUGUCUUGCUAACUUUGAUGGAAAUGUUGUUGUCCUGUUACCACACUGCCAGGUCACUAACCUCCUCCCUGUAGGCUGUCUCAUCAUCGUCGGUGAUCAGGCCUACCACCGUCUUGUCGUCAGCAAACUUAAUGAUGGUAUUGAAGUUGUGCGCGGCCACACAGUCGUGGGUGAACAGGGAGUACAGGAGGGGACUAAGCACACACCAGAAGGGCCCCCAGCAUGGCGGGUGUGUUGUUGCCUACCUUCACCACCUGGGGGCGGCCUGUCAAGAAGUCCAAGAUCCAGUUGCAGAGGGAGGUGUUCAGUCGCAGGGUCCUGAGCAUAGUGAUGAGCUCGGAAGGCACUAUGGUGUUGAACGCUGAGCUGUAGUCAAUGAACAGCAUUCUCACAUAGGUGUUCCUCUUAUCCAGGUGGGAGAGGGCGGUGUGGAGUGCAAUAGAGAUUGCAUCAUCUGUGGAUCUGUUGGGGCAUUAUGCGAAUUGGAGUAUGUUCAGGGUGUCUGGGAUGAUGGUGUUGAUGUGAGCCAUGACCAGCCUUUCAAAGCAUUUCAUAGCUACAGAUGUUAGUACUAUGGGGUGAUAAUCAUUUAGACAAGUUACCUUGGCAUUCUUGGACACACGGACUAUGGUGAUCUGCUUGAAACAUGUAGGCAUUACAGACUGGGUCUGGAUUAGUGUCCCGUUCCUUGAAAGCGUCAGCUCUAGCCUUUAGCUCAGUACGGAUGUUGCCUAUAAUCCAUUGCUUUUGGUUGGGACAUGUCACUGUGGGGACGAUGUCGUUGAUGCACUUAAUGAAACCGGUGAUUGAUGUAGUAAACUUGUCAAUGUUAUCGGAUGAAUCGCGUAACAUAUUCCAGUCUGCUUGCAAAACAGUCCUAUAGCUUAGCAUACGCUUCAUCGGACCACUUCCGUAUUGAGCUGGUACUUCCUGUUUGAGUUUUUGCUCAUCACUGGUACUUUCUGUUUGAGUUUUUGCUUGACAGCAGGAAUCAGGAGGAUAGAGUUAUGGUCAGAUUUGCUGAAGGGUGGGCGAGGGAGAGCUUUGUAUGUGUUUCUUUGUGUGGCAUAAAGGUGAUCAAGUGUUUCGCCUCCUCUAGCACAGGUGACAUGCUAGUAAAAAUGAGGUAAAACGGAUUUCAGUUUCCCCGCAUUAAAAUCACUGGCCUCGAGAAGCUGGAUGUGCAUUUUCAAGUGUGCUUAUGGCCCGUUGAGUGCGGUCUUAGUGCCAGCAUCAGUUUGUGGUGGUAAAUAGACAGCUAUGAAAAAUAUAGAUUAAAACUCUCUUGGUAAAUAGUAUGGUCUGCAGCUUAUCAUGAGGUAUUCUAACUCAGGCGAACAAAAACUUGAGAAUUUCUUUACAUUAGAGAUCACGCACCAGCUGUUAUUAACAAAGAGACACACACCUCACCCCUUCGCCUUAUCUGAAGCUACCGUCUGGUCUAGAUGAUGCAUGGAAAAGCCAGCGAGAUGUACACUACCGUUCAAAAAUGUGGGUUCACUUAGAAAUGUCCUUGUUUUCGAAAGAAAAGCAAUUUUUUUGUCCAUUAAAAUAACAUCAAAUUGAGCAGAAAUACAGUGUAGACAUUGUUAAUGUUGUAAAUGGCUAUUGUAGCUGGAAACGGCUGAUUUUUAAUGGAAUAUCUACAUAGGCGUACAGAGACCCAUUAUCAGAAGCCAUCAGUCCUGUGUUCCAAUGGCACGUUGUGUUUGCUAAUCCAAGUUUAUCAUUUUAAAAGGCUAAUUGAUCAUUAGAAAACCAUUUUGCAAUUAGUUGAGUAUCUGGAGCAUCAGCAAUUGUGGGUCGAUUACAGGCUCAAAAUGGCCAGAAACAAAGAACUUUCUUCUGAAGCUCGUCAGUCUAUUCUUGUUCUGAGAAAUGAAGGCUAUUCCAUGCGAGAAAUUGCCAAGAAACUGAAGAUCUUGUACAACGCUGUGUACUACUCCCUUCACAGAACAGUGCAAACUGGCUCUAACCAGAAUAGAAAGAGGAGUGGGAGGCCCCGGUGCACAACUGAGCAAGAGGACAAAUACAUUAGAGUGUCUAGUUUGAGAAACAGACGCCUCACAGGUCCUCAACUGGCAGCUUCAUUAAAUAGUACCCACAAAAUACCAGUCUCAACGUCAACAGUGAAGAGGCGACUCCAGGACGCUGACCUUCUAGGCAGAGUUGCAUAGAAAAGCCAUAUCUCAGACUGCUCAUCUUAAUCUUUUAUUUUUAUUGGCCAGUCUGAGAUAUGGCCUCUGUAUGCCUAUGUAGAUAUUCCAUAAAAAAUCAGCUGUUUCCAGCUACAAUAGCCAUUUACAACACUAACAAUGUCAACAAUGUAUUUCUGAUCAAUUUGAUGUUAUUUUAAUGGAGAAAAAAAUUGCUUUUCUUUCGAAAACAAGGACAUUUCUAAGUGACCCCAAACUUAUGAACGGUAGUGUAUAUUAUCCAUGUCCCGUCUUUGAAGUAGCUUGAAUAACACUAUUCGAUAACACUAUUAUGAGGACGUUUUGGUGACAGAACAGACAAUCCAAGGUUCCUCAGCCUUUUCAAAUGUUCAGAGACACAGAGCUGCUUUGAAAUACACAUGAUUGUCCAAUUUCUAUCAAUACUGGGCUAUUGGGAAAUUAUUUUACUAGACUGUCAAGGAUGAACUCUCUUUAACUCCAUUAAAUUGAGCAUUUAAGGUCUUUCAAAUUCUACCGUUGAUGUCGGAGGACUCAAUGCAUGGAGGUCUAUUUUCCUCGUAAGGUCAGAACAUCUUCCAGCUCUCUCUCUCUUUCAUGUAUCUCAUUCUGUCUCUGUAAGGCUAUGUAUUUAUGGUACAUAUUGGAUUGGAGUUGACGGAGCUUGUAUAACGUUCUGACUAACGUUCAAGUGUUGCUGUCUGUGUUUGCAGGCUACUGCUGAUGAUGGGCGUGUUGUUCUGCUGUGGGGCGGGGUUCUUCAUCCGCAGACGCAUUAACCCCUCCCCCCUUCCUGAGGACACCUUCAAUGUGUCAUUCACCAGACACCCAAUGACAGGUGAGUCACAUUCACACCAACCGCCUUGUGUGAUGUCAUCUUCCUAUCAUACUUAUACAUCCUCUCCCAUUCUCCCUACCCUCACUCUAUAUCCUGUCUUUGCAAGUGAUACCUCCUUCCUUUUAUUUUCCCAUUCAACACCCACAUCCUCUCUCCAGAUCUCCUUUUUUCCUUCCCUCACUUUAUCUCCCACUCCCCCCAUCUACUCAUGUCCUUGUCUCCUUCUCAUUUCAUUGCUCACUAUUCCACAGACUCAGUGCAGUAAUUUAUACACAGCAGUACAAAUGAACUUUUCUCAGUUUGCUCCAGUCCUCAGUAACUUCUGAGACUGGGACAGAUAGGACAUGUGUCUCUGAUCUCAUACAGUACAGUGAUUGACUCUACUUCUGAUUCUGGAUCUGCAUCCCAAAUGGCACCCUAUUCCCUCCUCCUCCUCACACACACACACACACACACACACACACACACACACACACACACAGACACUCCUCCAAGCCCCUGCAGUCACUGACCUGGAAAUAUGGGUAUUAAUAUAUCAUGUUCUGGCUCUGGAGGGAGUAGGAGUAAAACAUAAUGAUGCUAAUAUUCCAUAUGUUAUGUGUUGAGGUUUAAAACGUGAUAUGUUCUAGUUCAGUGCUGCACCAUGGUUCAUCCUUGUCCCUAAGUGGACCAAUGGAAACUGAGCUGUUGGAGAGAAAUGCUGCUUAUUCAUAUUCAUGCAUGUAACACAUACUCUCUAACCCCAAACAUCACUCAGUUCAGCUUUCACUAUAGCAGUCAGGAAAUGUAGCUGUCACAAUGCAGAAGUCUAGAGGAUAGUGGUAUUGGGUGUGUCGUGAUCUGCCCUUUAUUGCUGGCCCCGUUAUUUACGUCAACCUUAUGAAACAAAAUAUUACACAAUACACAAUACAUAGAUGGUGACCUUGGUAAGUCCCAUUUCUCUACUCUCUUUGUCCACUAGGACUGCAGCAGCCCGGCAUGCAAAACUAUGGAGCCUCAGGAGGGAUGAUCCUCACCCCUACAUACCCCAUACAGGCCCAUCCCCACCCGGUCCACCCCUCCCACAUGGCAGAACCCUACUCACACCCUACCCCUCCCCCUCCCCCUCCGGCCUACUGCAACCUCCCUCCUCCACCCUACGAACAGGUGCUGCAGGCCUCUGAGAAGAGGUAA